AUGCCUCCUGGCUUCGCACGAGUGCCCACAAGACAUGAAAGGAACCCCAAUGAGAUUGCUGACCCAGAUCAAUUUUGGCCAAACGCCCGCGCUGCAGGACCAUCCAAGGUCCGGCUUGCAAUUUUACCUGUCUGCAGACGACGCGCUGCAUGGAGCGAACUUCAGCGCGCCAACUUCACAGAAAAACCUCCGCGUAUACUAAUUCGAGGACCCUUUGGUGACGAAAGCCAGCUGGUCACAGACUUCUCUUUUGUUCCUCUAAACAACUCGAGUUUUCCUCUGCAAGUCGAAGCUCAGCUGAACUUUCCUGGGGGCAAUGAAGUCGUCCAAAGCCCGGCCAGUGGCCAAACAGAUUUGCGCAAGGCGCGAACUUCGCCGCUCGAGUUGCCCCCAGCCCGUCCCCUGCUGUGUCACAAAAUUGGCAGUAGUUCAUCAUUUGCUCAGUACGAUCUUAGACCAAAUGGCUACGCUGUGUUUGAGCCAGAAGAUGAAAGCGUCAAAAAUUACUUGAACUACACGUACCUUCUUCUACAAGUUUACUCUAGCGAUGAUAUCGCAUGCUGUUGA